AUGUCCCACCUGCGGUCCCGCUCCGCGCAGCACGCGCCUCCUGCUGUCCCAGCACGUCAGAUGGCGCUCUUCGAGUCCCCGCCCCGGCCCGGCCCGGCCCCCGCCAUGCGGCGCGCGUCGUACACGCCGCUGCCGACGCAGGCGCCGUCGGAGCCGCUGAUCGUGGUGGAGGAGAGCGGCAACACGGACGACGAGAGCGGCGGGGGCGGCGGCGACGGCGGCGGCGACGAAGACAGCCGGCCGGCGUCGCCCCCGGGCUGCGACUCGCCGCUGCUCAACCCGUGCCUGCUGUCGCCGUACCGCGACAUGCGCAAGCGCUCGCUGCCCACGCCGGCCUGCACGUCGGGCAUCACGGCGAGCCAGGUGCGCCGGCUGUCGGAGCACGGCGUGGGCACGGAGGGCGCGGCGGCGCGCGAGGCCGCCUUCCUCGCCACGCUGCAGCAGGCGCCCACCCCCGCGCCAGGAGGGCGCAGGCACUCGGUGGUACGUAUGCGCCUUCUCUCGAGGGCAGCCCACGUGACCAUCUCGCGCGCGCCGCCGUCGUCCAUCCUGUUCGGGCGCGGGCGGCGCGAGUCCAUCGCCGCCUUCCCGUCGGGCGGCGCGCCGCGCGUGCUGCCGCCGCGCCGCGACUCG